AUGGUAGUCUUCUCGAGCAAGCAUUGGCGGAAUCUCACCAAUACGGUAAUGGGGGUACAGGCAAUAACCUCAGACCCGUUAGAGAAGAAGCGGAAGGAACUAGCUGACUAUGCGGGUCGAGUUCAGGCCUUGCAUCAGCAUAUUGCACGUUUGCUAGCUUUGACGGAUGAGAUAACCCGAGUACGACAGGAUAUAUUGAAGGAUAUUCAGCGUAUAGAUGCCUCUGAGGAGGACGAUGUUACUCACAUCGCAGGGACGAGUCAAGGAGGCCAAGAGCCUUCUGAUGGGUACGAUCGGGCUACAGCUACAUUUGUGAACCAUAUGUCGGAGAGUAACAAGAUGGUCCGUGACGCUAGACCGCAGCUGGAGAAAGCUGAGAUGACGGCUCAGGACUUGGUCAAACGUACUAAUGUUCUACAGGAGAGAGUUAGAAGUCGUGAUCAAGCUUAUGAAGAGCUGAAUCACUAUAAUCAAAAAGUGGCUGAUCUGAAGGCUGAAAUUGCGAAAAAAUCCAAACCGAACCCGAAGGAAGAUGAAAGGCUAGCUCGGAACGUUGAGAAGCAUCGCGUGGCUCAAGAACAGUUUACGAAGAUAGAUACGGAGGUCCGUGGUGACAUGGACAUCGUAAUUGGGCAGAAGACCAGGGAAAUAUCCAUAGUGGUGGCCGAGUACUCGCGGUAUAUAGGAGCCGUAACGUCUGAGGGGGCGAAGGAUGCAGAUACGUUCAGUAAGGAGAUCCCUGAUAUGAUAGAGGAAGAAGUGAAGAAGAACAGUAGUGCCCCUCAAGUUGCUGAGAAGGAUGUUGAUCAAUAUAAUAUGGUUGUUCUCACGAGCCGGACGUGGCGGAAUCUCUCUGCUAAGGUCUUCGGAGUUAGGAUAAUGGUACCCGAUCCUUUGGAGAAGCAGAGGGUUGCAGUUGUAGAACAUGCUGCCAAGGCCGCAGCUCUGUAUCGCCAACUGUUGCGGCUCUCGGAGUUGACGGAUGAGAUCCGCGCGACUCAUCAGGAGAUGUGUAGGCAGUCGAGGGAGCUAAUUGUUCCACUCAAAGACGAGGAGGCGAGCACGUUGAGUUCCCAUACUGACAGUGGAGUAGUAUUCGCUGUGAACGGUGUAGAGGCAAUGGGUUGUCCUCAGUAUACCCAGGCUUUGGGUGUCUUUGCGGACCAGCUGAGCAGAUGUCAGCAGUCGGCCCAGGCGUCCCGACCACAGCUGCAGGUUGCGGUGGGGGAGGCUCAGAAGUUGGUACAGCGAAACGCCGACUUACAGCAGAAGCUGAAGGACCGUGAUAGAGCGUUUGCCGACCUUGACCAUUACAAUCAUAAGAUGGAGGAGCUCAAGUCGGAUGCCUCAAAACGCUCUAAGAAGGAUUCAAAGGCCGAGGAGAGGCUCUCACGGGUCAUUGGCGUGAAGACGAUAUCAUCGGACCCGCUUGAGAAGCAGAGGGCUGCAUUAUUGGACCACGCGGCUAAGGCCCAAGCUUUCCACCAGCAGUUGGUGAAGCUUGUGAAUCUCACGGAUCAGAUGGGAGCCUCUCAGUUGGAGAUCGUGGAGCAGUGUAGAGACGUGUUGACUCCUUCUGAGAGCACACCCAGUUCUACACAGGAAAGCGGAUACGCCCCGGCUAUUUCCAUUUUCGCAGACCAGCUGAGCAGAUGUCAGCAGUCGGCCCAGGCGUCCCGACCGCAGCUGCAGGUUGCGGUGGGGGAGGCUCAGAAGUUGGUACAGCGAAACGCCGACUUACAGCAGAAGCUGAAGGACCGUGAUAGAGCGUUUGCCGACCUUGACCAUUACAAUCAUAAGAUGGAGGAGCUCAAGUCGGAUGCCUCAAAACGCUCUAAGAAGGAUUCAAAGGCCGAGGAGAGGCUCUCACGGAAUGUUGAGAAGCAUCGUAUGGCGCAAGAGUCUUUCAUCAAGUUGGACAAUCAAGUGAGAGGGGAGAUGUCACAACUGAUCGAAGGGAAGGAAGCUGACUUUGCCAAGAUCAUCGCUGAGUACUCUCGAUACUUGGGAGUCACAGCGUCCGCAGGGAUGCAGGGCAUCACGACUUUCACAGAGCAAGUGCCUGCCAUAAUCAGGCAGCAGGUGGAGCGAGAUGAGGACCCCUUUCCCUUCCAUAAUCAGAAUUCUGGUGGAUCAAUUAUCAACCAAUCAGUAUCGGUGAUAGCACCUUACGACAUCUCGAUGAGUGACCAUAAGAGGAAUGCCUCUUCUGCGCCCUUCAUGAUGAUCUAA